CGCGCGCGCGCGGCGGCGGGGCUGAGCUGAGGUAAGCGCGGGGCGAGCAGGCGCCAGCGCCAGAGGAAGUACGGACCGGACCGAGCGCCGCCGCACCGCCGGGACCAACCACCGCCGCCGUCGCAUCGCCUCCCGCUCCGAUGGCGGCUGCCAAGGAAGCUCACGAGGAGCACGACACCUCCACAGAGAACGUGGACGACUCCAACCACGAUCCGCAGUUUGAGCCCAUAGUGUCUCUUCCUGAGCAGGAGAUCAAGACCCUUGAAGAAGAUGAAGAAGAGCUCUUUAAGAUGCGGGCCAAGCUGUUCCGAUUUGCCUCUGAGAAUGACCUUCCAGAAUGGAAAGAGCGAGGGACAGGCGACGUGAAGCUGCUGAAACACAAGGAGAAAGGGACGAUUCGCCUGCUCAUGAGAAGGGACAAAACUCUGAAGAUCUGUGCAAAUCACUAUAUAACACCAUUGAUGGAGCUGAAGCCCAACGCAGGCAGUGACAGGGCCUGGGUCUGGAACACACACGCUGACUUUGCUGAUGAAAGUCCCAAGCCUGAACUGCUGGCGAUUCGAUUCCUAAAUGCAGAAAAUGCCCAGAAGUUUAAGGCAAAGUUUGAAGAAUGCAGGAAUGAGAUAGAAGAACGAGAAAAGAGAGCAGGAGCAGGCAAAGAAAACACCGAUAAAGUGGUGGAGAAGUUGUCGGAGCUGUCGGUGAAGGAGGAGGAGGAGAAGGAGAAAGAGAAGGAGGAGAAGGAGAAGGAAGGCAGCCAAGAGCCUGAGAGCCCCUCGGCGCCCGAGAAGGAGACCAAGGACCAGGACGUGUUACUGCAAUAAAUCAUCUCGCGGGCCUCGCCUUCUUUCCUUUUAUUUUCUUUAUUUUUGUUUCAUUUUGUUUGUUUUUUUUUUUUACAAGGGACUUUAUAAAAAGAACUGAAUUCCAGCCUCCAGGUUGUUUUCUAAGCUUUUACCCUUUCGAAGAUGUCUUCAGCAAACCCAUUCCCAGUCACAUGUACUGCGCUCGUAACAUUCUUUUCCAUAGUGGAAACACUUAUUUAUAGUGCAUCCAAAAGAGUGAAUAAACCGUUUGAAAGCUGCCUCCCAGGA